GUGAAUUUGUGACAUAGAAUUAUCAGAUUAGCACAAACCAUGGGAAGUGCAAGCAUUUUUGACUAUAAGUAUUUGACUAAGACGCAUUUAAAAGGAUUCGAUAAUUAUAAGUACAGUGCGAUAGACACAAGCCCGCUCAGCCAAUAUGUGAUGCACCCAUUUUGGAACACCGUCGUCAAGUUUAUACCAAGAUGGAUAGCACCGAAUCUCCUAACGUUUGCUGGAUUCCUGUGCAUGGUAGCAAGCGUAGUUUUAUUAUUUAUCUACGACUAUGAUUUCACUGCGUCAGGAGCGCCACAAGGAUAUGAACAGGUCGCAGAAGGAAUCCCUUUAUGGGUGUUCACGGCUUGUGGGGUGCUAUUGUUUUUGGCCUACAAUUUAGAUGGAAUCGACGGGAAACAGGCACGGCGUAUCGGCGUGUCAGGACCGCUGGGAGAGAUGUUCGACCAUGGCCUGGACUCCUACAUAGUGUUCUUCAUUCCCUUCAGCCUGAUCUCCGUCAUGGGCCGGGGUGACUGGUCCAUCCCCACGUUUAGAGGAUACCUGGCGGUGGCGAGCGUGGUGCUCAACUUCUACGUGAGCCACUGGGAGAAGUACAACACCGGCACCCUGUACCUGCCCUGGGGCUACGACCUUAGCAUGUGGGUGUGUUCAAUCUUCUUCCUCCUGGCCGGCGCUCGUGGCGCCGACGUGUACAAGUUCCACAUCUUCGGCGAGGUCACCUUCGUGCAAGGGCUGGAGGUCGCCAUACACGCCACAGGACUCUUCACCACGCUGCCGAUCGCCGUCUAUAACGUGUAUCUGUCAUACAAGAACCGCACGCUUAAGACGAACUCCUUCCUCGGAAUGCUGCGACCCGCGUGGUCGAUCGUCGCGCUAACGACAGCCAUGACGGUAUGGGCUCUCAAGUCUCCCCUGGAUGUCGUGGAGUACGACCCUAGGGCGUUCCUGCUGCUCUUUGGCACCCUGUUUAGUAACAUUGCUAGUCGCCUAAUAGUCGCGGAGAUGAGCGAACAGCGCUGCGACCUGAUCACCUGGGUGCUCUGGCCCCUGUUCGUCGGAGUAUCCGUGUCCUUGUGGGUGCCAGCUUUGGAGGCAGCGGUGCUUUACACUCUCCUGCCUUUCAGCAUACUCGCACAUGUGCAUUACGGGGUUUGCGUGGUUCGUCAAAUGUGCCAACAUUUCGGUGUGAGCUGCUUCACCGUGCCACGGAUUAAGGCAAUGAAGAUACAGAAGAGAAAAAAGUAGCUGAGAAAUAACACAAUAAGUAAAUUU